ACUGUGGGGAGAGAGGAAAAAGUUCUCAACAAGGAGAGGCAGGACUACUCUUACGGAGCCCCUGCAGUCUCACUUUUUUAUGCCUCUAAAACACUUUCCCUGCCGUCCUUUUGCAAUUUUUUGCCUUGCAAACGCCGCUUUUACGCUUCCUUGAGAGAAAUACUACUUUUCUAUUUUUUUUUCUUUUUUUCUUUUUUCUUUUUUUUUUAUACUUAAGUGAAAGCACCAGCACCAUGGAGCUGCUCUGCCUCGAAAUGGACACCAUCCGAGCUCGUCCUGAUCCGAACCUCCUGUGCGAUGACAGAGUCCUGCAGAGCUUGUUGACCAUAGAGGAGAGGUUUCUACCCCAAUAUUCCUAUUUCAAAGGCGUCCAGAAAGAUAUUCAGCCGUUUAUGAGGAGGAUGGUCGCGACUUGGAUGUUGGAGGUUUGUGAGGAGGAGAAGUGCGAGGAAGAAGUUUUUCCCUUGGCCAUGAACUACUUAGACAGAUUUUUAGCAGUGGUACCCACCAAAAAGUGCAACCUGCAGCUGCUGGGAGCAGUGUGCAUGUUUCUUGCAUCCAAAUUGAAAGAGACUCGUCCAUUAACCGCAGAGAAGCUUUGCAUCUACACAGAUAACUCCAUCAGACCACAAGAGCUGCUGGAAUGGGAACUGGUGGUGUUGGGGAAAUUGAAGUGGAACUUGGCGGCAGUGACACCGAACGACUUCAUUGAGCACAUUGUGAGGAGGCUGCCGCUGCCCGAGGAUAAGCUGGCACUUAUACGCAAACACGUCCAAACCUUCAUCGCCCUCUGUGCCACAGAUUUCGGAUUCGCCAUGUAUCCCCCAUCCAUGAUUGCCACAGGAAGUGUGGGGGCAGCGAUCUGCGGCCUACAGCUGGAUUCAGCUGACCAGUCACAGUGGGGCGACAGUCUGACAGACCUGCUGGCCAAAAUCACAAACACAGAAGUGGACGUCCUCAAAGAGUGCCAGGAGCAGAUUGAGCGUGUGUUGGUGAGCAGCCUGCGUGAGGGGCGGCAGCAGCAACAGCAGCAGCAGCAGACACAGAGGGGCCCCAGCGGGAAAGGCCUGGAGGAGCUGGAUCAAUCCUCCACCCCAACAGACGUCCGCGAUGUCAACUUGUGAACCACCAGAGGGCGAUAUUGCACAGGAUUUACAACAAAAAAAAGCAUCAUGAAAAAAAACCUCAAUUUUCGUAAAAGCAGAAAAAAAGAACAAAAGAACGAAAAAAAUUUAAAAACACAAGCCCUUUAAAAGAAAAAGAACAAUGCUUGCUAGUUUUUUUUUUGUAGAUUUUCUGUUCUUCAAGUCAAAAACACCUGCCCACAAAAUAGAUUCUCAAUGAUGUUCUAGUCCAAAAGCAACAAAUUUGAUACAAGAUGAAGCUCUGUGGUGCCUUGGAUAAACAGAAGGGAAGCCAAUCAUAUUUGCAUUCUGCCUCUGAUUGUAUAGUAUGAUCUUUAAGUUGUAUUUUAACCAUGGUAGAAAUGUGGAAACCAUUCAGAAAUUCCAUGGGAUCACUGUGGGGCUUAAGUUUUUUUUUUUUUUUUUUUUUCUGUUUUGUUUAACAUGAUUAUUAUCACUAUAACAUUCGUGGCUGGUGUAAGAGAGCGCACAAGCUCCUCAUUCAUCAGAAGGUCCACAUGAGACAGACAGAAGAAGCCGUGAGAACAUUAUACUAAAAGUCAAUGGGUCCCAAUUCCAGGGAAGAGAUGGGAUUAUAAUAAUUAUUAGUAGUAUUAGUAAUUAUUAUUAUUAUUGAUAUUAUUAUUGGAUAUAUUUUGGAACUGAGUAGAAGAGAUCAAUAAGCUCCUCUUGACAGGCUGCUUGUGUGUCAGUUUGUGGGUGCGGUGUGCAAGCGUGUGUGUUUAUAUGUGAGUAUGCCAGAUUUCAUGCGUGCCUGUGUGUGGUUGUAUGUGUGUGUGUGUGGUGUGAAUGCUACAUGUGAACUUGUAUCUAUAUUAGCAGUGUGCAUUCUAUGGCAUGAGGCACUUGAGCAAAGUCAAGUCGUAGACUAUGGAGCAAGAGGAGGCUACACAUACUUUGUCCAUCAGUAUAACAGGGCAUCUAUGCUAUAUCACUGCCUUCAUGCAUUAACAAUGUAUCGUGGUUCAUUGUUGGCCAACAAUAAACUCAUGUGCAUGCACUAUGAGUGAGACGGAUAAAGAUUUAACGAAGGAGGAUAUGGGCGAAGGGACUUUCACUUAGAGCCCGUUACCUUUCUAAGAGGCGUUACACCUCAGACUCAGAGGUCAUGUGAGGUGUUUAUUACUGCCAUUCUGUUGAUGAUAGAGAUGCUUCUUUCUUUUCACGUUGUUACAAUAUGGUGUUUCCUUAGGCGUGAAAGGCUGCUUUGAGUCUGGACAGAGUUGUAAAGACCUCCAAUAUGUGAGGUGUGCACGGCACAUGUGAAAGCAGGAGAGGACGAUGUUUUGAAAAAAAAGUAAAGCGGUGCUUUUUAAAGUCUGGAGAACAUUGUGCUCCUCUGUAUUAAUUAGCAGGGAGGGAACCGGGUGUGGCGUGGAGAGAAUUAGAGAGAGAGGGACAGUUUGUAACUAAGAAGUCCCUGCGGAACUGUGGGAGGCACAUGAUUGCAAAGCAAUGGAAUGGUUAGGGCAGAGAGGAUUUUGGUCGUGCAAGAGCAUGCUGCUGUGUGGCGGAUUUACAGCCAGUGGCCGGAAGAUGAUAAUGAACAAAAGAUGCCCAAAGGUCUCAUGAUAAAACUUUGAUAUCUGCAUAUUUGGCUGGAAUCAACAUUCAUUUCUCAUCAUGGAUGUCUGAAGCUAAGUGAACAAAAACGUUCUGGGUAUGGAAAUGAAUAAAUGAGGAACUAAGACGCUGCCGGAUCAUGUGUGGAUGAACUUUCUUUGAGGGGGCGGGAGGCGGGUGGGGGGAUUAGAGGAGUACAGGAUGAUGAUUUACUGUCAAUGCAUCUGGAGUCCCACAUAGGGGUUGUUUAAGCUCCCCUAUAUGAUUUCAAUGGCAAAGCACUUUGAGAACAUGCUCCCCAGGAGAUAAGUAAAUGAAAUGCGUCGGGUCGUGAUUGGAGGUGAAUGGAUGUUUCUCUUUUUUCCUUGUUAGCCUUUUCUUUGGUUUACUUUGUAGGGCUGGUUUCCCAAUCGUCAGACAAGCAAGAGUCAAAUUAAAAAGGCUUUCCACAACUUGCAACGAGAGGACAUUCCAAUUGAAAAAACAAAACAAAAACAUUCCUAUUGAAGCAAAGUGCAAGUUGAUGGGGAGUCUGAUUGUUAGGAGAAUUUGAACAAAUAGAAAACGCCAAUUUGAAUUGGAAAAUGCCAACACACUGAUCCACGGGUUCUGUUUUAUUUUAUUUUACUUUGUCAAGAAAUUAAACAUUUUGUUUUUACUUGAAUUUUUCUUUAUAUUUAUCUGCAUCACAGCCACAGAUAGUCACACAGGGCAGCAAUGAGUUACAAGAGAAGGUUGCCGUAACAUCUAAUAUUUGCACAUGUUCUUCAGAGAGCAAUGAGGUUUGCAUUUUUAAGACGGAGCACAGCCUUUGUUCGAAACCACCUUAACCGAUGUGUGUUUCAGUGGUUGGUCAGUUUUUAUGGUGCUGGCUUGUGUAUUUCAGGCCGAUUGUCUGUCAGUGAUCACAUCUGUCCCCUGUGAGCUUUGCUGCUUCAAAUCAUUGGCAAGGGGGUUCAUCAGCCAAACAGACAUCAGCACAAAACAAGAGACAGAUUUUAUUGCUUUGUUUUGUUUUAAUGGGACACAAGGCUUUGCCACAGCAAUGUGUCUUUGACUUAAUGCUUGAGUUUUUUCUUGACGGUAUGUGACUUUGCUGAGUGUAUGUCCGUCAACCUGAAGAUAAAUGUGGGGAUCUAAUGUUUAAGUGAUGUUUUUCAGUAAAACUGGGCAAUUUAAUGACAUGUUUGCCAAAACAUCCCCGUUUGAAUAUUUGAGAUGACCUCUUCAUUUUGCCUCUGUUUGCCUGAUGUUAGCUCUCUCCCAAACGGUAAUAGUUGUGAUUUUCUUUCCUGCAAAUUUUUGUUGCAUGUGUUAUAUAUUGAGACCAUCUUUUCAAUUUGUGUUUGAUAUAUUUUAUGGGGUGACCAGACCCACAAAAGGGGUUUUCUAAGAUUUAGAGAUACUGUAUUCCAAAGUGAAGAGAAGACAGAGGAGGAGGUAUGAAGACAUCAAGAAAAAUGUGUCAAUAUUUUUAUUGAGUUAUUGUUGUCUUUUUGCGCUGCUAAAAGCUAUGAAUUUGUGUCAUUUAUACAAAAAAAUAACAUUACCUAGUUGUGAUGUGUCACUUGAGUGUGCUGCUAUUUUAUAAACAUGUGUAUUAUAAUAUAAUUAUUUUACUGCUUAAGAGAUACAUUCAGAAAAAAAAGAAGUAGAUGGUGAUAGAAGAACAUGAAAUUACUAUUCGACUGGAAAUGUUCUUUGUACAGUUUGACAGUUUGCUUAGAUAGCAUGACUCCUUUCCCCCUUCUUUUAUCUAUUUUGCUCUCCUUCAGUCACAUUCUGCAUCAGUGGUAUUUUCCUAUACCUCAGGAUUACUGGACAAAAAAAAAACAUGUACAAAUCAUUCACCGAUACCUCUGCAGUUAGGUAGCCUGGAACCAAGGAGAAAAAGUACAGUGGGGGUGGGGAGGGGGCGAGCAACGACAUAUUAGCAUUUUUGUGGAGGAUUCCCACUGUUUUAGUGGGAAAACUACUUACUCAGUGAGAUGGGAAACAGGAAAUAUGCAAUGUUUCCACUUGGACUUAACCUAUUGGAGGGCGGGCGCAGCAACAUUUCUUAGGGGUGUUUAUAUCGUAGAUGGUUCAAGCAUGUUCAUUUCUGUUCAUCUUGGUGCUACAUCUGACUUGUUGUGUGCGAGAUAGGGAAAACAGCAUAACUAUGAUGGCCAAAGUACAGUUCUUGCUUUAUACAACCACAAUCACUCUGAAUGUCAGUAAAUAUGGAUUCUGUAUGUAAGAAAGAUACGUUCUGGUCUGAAAUAUAUGUGUGCGCACCAUUGUAACUGCCACAUAGUAAUGGGUUGAGCUAUGUCUGACCAUAAAUACUCUGAUAUCUGGAAGUUUCAAUGGUGCAGAUUUCCCUUUGAGUUGCCCCGCCCCCACUAUAACUCAUAUCAUGUACCUCAAAUGUCUGUUGCACAACCUCUGUUCAAUAAACUUCUGCUUUAAAGGGUGUCACACCACAUCAGCUCACUAUUUCCCACGCCUGUGCUCCUUUUAAGCGGUGUGUCUAAUUGUUUCAUGA